CGAUGUACUUGAGCAGGGGAGGACAAUGCAGCCGAGGCGGCGCCCAGACCCCAUGUUUGGGAAGACAGGUAGUACCAUUUGCAGUGACGCCUCACUGUGCCCAAGCGGAUGUGUCGGCCGGGUUUUUCUACGAAAUUGAUCAUGACAAGCUAUCAUCAAAGCACCCAGAACAGCUCAAGCUAGUUUGUGUAGCCAUGGUGAGUGAAAAGGCUUGCUUAAGCGUAUCGCUGAGAUUCCCCAGCAUUUGCUCUCUGAGAAAGCACUUCAGCUCUGGUCACCAGACCGACAAAAAGAAAAUGCCAGCGCUGGACGAGAAAUAUGUGUUGGGGUCAGACAUUGCCGGCGAACUGCUCGUGAGGAGGAUCGCAGCGGAGGAGUUGGCAGAGAGGAAAAGCUCGUGGGGCUUCUGGGCGUCGGGCCCUGCCCCUGUCAUUCCUGGGUUGGGCACUGGGCUCGCCAACAAGGGCUCGUGCUGGUCUGAGCUUAAGUGCAAUGGGAUGGUCCGGUGGGGGAAGCGCCGGCAAGUCAGAUUCCUCAGUAGGCACGCCGAUAACGAUGACAACCUAAAACUUCUGUCGCAGAGCGUCGAGCAUCGGCAAACUGAAAAAGAGAAGGACAGCUAUUUGGAUGAUGAAGAAACGACUGAAGAUCGGGAGAUAGAGGUUGAGAAGGGUCCAGAAGUGAAAGAAAAAAAGGAUGAAAAAGUGGAGGAUGAGGCAAAUGAGGACGGAGAUGAAGAAGAAACGGAACCUUCAACAGAGAUCGUCACUAGGACGACCCGGAAGAGAAAGUGCAAAGGACAGAAAAGGACACGGGCGAGCAAAAGAGCUAAGCGCGACCAAAAAUCGCAAUUCGUGAAGGUUCAUUCACACGGCGAGCGAAAGGUGAUCAAAGGCUCUAUAGAUAGGUGGUCUGCAGAGAGGUAUAAGUUGGCGGAGCAAAACAUGCUGAAGAUACUGAAGGAGAAGCAGGCAGUAUUCGGGAAUCCGAUCCUGAGGCCAGCUCUGAGAUCAGAGGCGCGAAAGCUCAUAGGAGACACGGGUCUGUUGGAUCACCUGCUGAAGCACAUGGCAGGGAAGUUGGCACCGGGCGGGGCGGAGAGGUUCCGGAGGAGGCACAACGCGGAGGGCGCGAUGGAGUACUGGCUGGAGAGCGCGGACCUGGUGGAUGUGAGGAAGGCAGAGGGCGUGGAGGAUCCAUACUGGACUCCGCCUCCCGGGUGGAAACCCGGGGAUAGUCCCACCCAGGACCCGACCUGUGCCCGGGAGAUCAAUCAGCUAAAAGAAGAGAUAGCCAAUUUGAAGAGAGAUGUGCAAGAGUUGGUGUCCCAAAGGCAAGAGGAAGAUCUCGCUGUGGAGACCACGCCAACAUCUUGCAUGUCUUGUUUGAACUUGGACCAUGAUAGCCCUUUAGUUCCAGUGAAGGAAAUGUAUGUUGAAUUGAAGAAAAGGAAGGCCACAAUGGAGGACCAGCUCCGGGAGGUCUCGCAACUUGUUUGUGCAGUGGAGCAAUGGAUGAAGCAGCAGGAGGCGAUGGACACGGUGAAAUUGAAAACAGCUGCAGAAUCAAGAGCCUCACAAGAAUCGGAAGGAACAACAAUGCCAUCAUCGAUAAUGAAUCCAAGAACCAGAGGAUCAUCCGAAAUCGAAUCACGGGUAGGGGCAGAAGAAAGGAAGAAGAAACUAGCAGAUGCAGCAAUGACAGAUGAAUCAGAAAAAGGACCAGAGGAGGAAGAAGACAAAUUGCACUACCGAGACACAGCAACAGCGACCAUAACAACAGGGACGGAGGACAAAACAGCCAAGAUAGAGAGGCUAAAGAGUGGGUUCAGGAUCUGCAAGCCUCAGGGCACAUUCCUCUGGCCCAGCAUCACCACCACCACCACCACCACCACCUCCCCACCGUCUGAGCUGGUGCUCCGCCUCCACGACCUCCUUGUGGCCCCCACUCCCCCGUCAGUCUCCUCCUCAACCACCUCACCUCCACUUCAGCCUACUUCGCCGGUCAAGCCACUAGCUGAGAAACGCCCGGUUAACCUCACUAUUCUGCCCACCACUACUACUCCACCAACUCAUCCCCGGCCGGUUCCAAUGACCUCUCCGAGAUCUCUCCUUAACCUCAACGAAGUCCCCACCAACCAGAACAUCGGUGACUAUAGCGGAUUAUGCAGCGGAAUCUCUAACGACAAUAGCAACAGCAUUCCGUCAAAUUCAUUGGCUGCCCUCACGUAUAAAAGAAGACAACACAGUUCGGCGCUGAAUCCUUCCGACAAUGCUCCUAUUCCUGCUCUUCCAGUGCCGUCGAAGGGACCGGCAGGAGCAUUGGAGAUGAACCCCUAUCGGAGGAUCGACGAUGCAAGGAGAGUGAUCAUGAGUUCCAAUCCCAUUGACUACCUCGGAGCGACGCCAUGGGAUCGACCAUAA